AUGACACCCGAAAAAUUUUUCGCUAUUUUUCCUUGUGACUUUUGGUCACUUGAGAAAUUCAUCGCUUUUUCUUUCGGCAUCGACAAAUCUGCCGAAAUACAAGCAAUUAAUCAAAAUUUUUAUAAUUGCUUGCAAAAUAUAAACGAUGAUACGAAUGCUUCGCAAGAAGCUCGUGACCAUGCUAGAAAGCUGUUGGAUGAAAAGAAG